GUCCCUUGCUACCCAUAUGUGUGAAGAAAAGGGGGAAAUGAAAGCCCUAGAACGCAGACUCCAGUGGGCAUGGGAUCAUCCUGGAACCAGGAGAAACGAGGUUAGGGCUACCACCUUAACCGCCCAGGUGCUGGCUCUGCGUGAACAUCUUAGGAAAUGCAGGCUGAGGACAGGUCACAAUUUGGGUCUGCAGCAAAAAUGCUUUCAGAACAGACAGCAGCUCUGGGGACAGGAUGGGAAUCAAUCAAUGUACAGCUGGAUGGAGCAGAGCCCCAGGUGGAAAGGGGAAGCAAGGAAGAGGGGCCAUGGAGAACAGCACCAGGGCCUCUGGAGCACCUGUGCUGCGACCUUGAAGAGGAGCCACAGUCCCUUCAGGAGAAGGCUCAGUCUGCUCCCUGGGUUCCUGCAGUUCCCCAGGAGGGGAACACUGGAGACUGGGAGAUGGCAGCUGCACUUCUUGCAGCUGGAUCACAGGGCCUGGUAACCAUCAAGGAUGUGUCACUGUGCUUCUCUCAGGAGGAGUGGCGGAGCCUGGACCCCUCUCAGACAGACUUUUAUGGAGAAUAUGUCAUGCAAGAAAACUGUGGGAUAGUAGUCUCUCUGAGAUUUCCAAUUCCCAAACUGGACAUGCUUUCUCAACUAGAAGGAGGAGAAGAACAAUGGGUCCCUGACCCCCAGGACUUAGAGGAGAGGGACAUUCUGAGGGUCACAUAUACAGGAGAUGGAAGUGAGCAUGAGGGGGAUACCCCUGAACUAGAAGCAGAACCUCCCAGAAUGUUAUCCAGCGUUUCUGAAGAUACUGUUCUCUGGAACCCAGAGCAUGAUGAGAGCUGGGAUUCCAUGCACAGGAGCUCCAGAGGAAUGCUCCUGGGGCCCCCUUUUCUUCAGGAAGACAGCUUCUCAAACCUGCUGUGUAGCACAGAGAUGGAUUCCCUGUUAAGACCCCACACAUGCCCCCAAUGUGGGAAACAGUUUGUGUGGGGCUCCCACCUUGCCAGGCAUCAACAAACACACACUGGGGAGAGGCCCUACAGCUGCCUCAAGUGUGAGAAGAGCUUUGGGCGAAGACAUCACCUCAUCAGGCACCAGAAAACCCACCUACAUGACAAGCCCAGCAGGUGCUCUGAGUGUGGUAAGAAUUUCCGAUGCAACUCCCAUCUGGCCAGCCACCAGAGAGUGCAUGCAGAAGGCAAAUCCUGCAAGGGCCAAGAGGUUGGAGAGAGCCCUGGCACAAGGAAACGGCAGCGUGCCCCACCAGUGCCAAAGUGUCACGUGUGCACUGAAUGUGGGAAGAGCUUUGGCCGAAGGCACCACCUUGUGAGACACUGGCUGACCCACACUGGGGAGAAGCCCUUCCAGUGCCCUCGCUGUGAGAAGAGCUUUGGCCGAAAACAUCACCUGGACAGGCAUCUGCUGACCCACCAGGGACAAAGUCCCCGGAACAGCUGGGACAAAGGAACAUCUGUCUUUUGAAAUCUGUUUCCACUACAGCUAUGGUCAAGUCUAUCAGCUGGUGCUACUAGGAGUCACUGCCAGGGCUGCCGUUCUUCUGAACCCCAGGGGCCAGAAUCAUGAGCCCUAACCCCAUGCCUAGAAAGAUGAGGUCCCAGCAGUGGCCAGAGCAUUUCUCACCAGUUCUGUGAGAUAGCACAUAAAAAUAGAGUUCUUUGGUCAAAACUUUUGGGAAGCAAUGCAUCCUACAUGGGCUGAUAUUCAGCCUGAGCCAUUCUCAAGAGGAGAGUGGUACUGGCAGUUUAUGCGUGAAAUCCAUUCUGAUUUGUUGGAGUCUAUGGUAUACCAAUUGUUAAAUAUUUUGAGUAUCACUUUUGCAUACUGUUACUAUUUUCUCUCUCUAUAUAGAGAAAGGCCAUUUUAGCAUAGUAAAGGCUCUGAAAAUUUCUGCAGUAGACCAAACUGAAGAUUCUAUUAAUGUAGUGUUUCCUAAAUGUAUUUGACCUCAGUAUCCUUUCUAUUUGCAUCCCACAGAACUGGUGACUAUGAAACACUCUGGUGAACACUGGGUUAGAGAUCAAUGAGGAAAUGAGACUUAGUGAUCAGGCAUCCAGAGCCCCUCCUUUUAUCCAUAUGAAAGCCAGCGGGGCCAGGCCUUGUUUCUGUGUGGGUCUGUCUGCCUUACCCCAGUCAGCAGCAUAUACAUCUACACCUCUCACCCUCACCUGCUGAAAAACAUAAUAACCUUUUUGCCCCUUAUUCCUACUCCCUUCAUCCUGCACAUACAUAUAUCCAGCUGAGAAAUCACACUACAAGGCUAAGAGAUGACCUAAUACCCCCAAAUAACCCAGGUCCACACAGGAAAAAAAAAAAAAAUUAUCCUCUUGAGCAGACCCCUCUCUCCUCUUGACUGUCUUUUUGUGUCUUGUGUAUUUGUGUGCAGGGUCUUUGAAGAGAGCAUGCUAUGUGCAAACUGUACAAGCUAGGUUUUCUAGGGGCUGUGUUCUGGGGAUGAGGGCAGUGGGGAUUAUAUGGGUUUCUGUUUCAAGACAGGAAGCAGUCUGAUUAGGGAGCACUAGUGGAAAGGGUUAAAUGACAGGUUAAGUUGUGGGAGUUGAGUACAAAGAUUUCCCAGUUAUUGCUGAGAUCAAGACAGUUGUGAAUGUGUGUAUCUAGGUCUGAAUCUCUGGGCUGCAGAUUGCUUUUAACUGGGCAGAGAAAAGUCUGGGGAGGUGAGCUGUUUCUUGUUGAUUUCAGGCAAGAGGCACAGAAACUUUGUAUUGAGUGGGGAUUUUGUUUUAAGUGCUGGAAAAUUAGAGCAGGAAUUACCAUGUUUGCAAGUUGUUGCCAUCACUCUUGUUUGACUUUGCCUCAUCAAGGGGCAAGAGUUAUUCUUGAAGAUCUCAUUCUCCCAGAAACAGAACUUUAGGGGAAAUGGCUGUGGCUUAGCUUUUCAGCUGAUGCAGGGUAAUGAGCUUUCUGGUUGGUUUUCCUUCCAUUUCUGGAAAGAUGUCCACACUGAGACCCUUAACUCUAGGGCUUGCAUAAGUAUUCUAGCAUUGUUAGUUGGUCAUUUUUUCUCUUUAUCAGUGAUUGUGUUAAUAUCAAUCUUAUAACUUAAAAAUUGUCUUGUAUGCAAGAGCAGUUUGGUGUUAGGGAGGAAGAGGAGCAAAGUGGGAUAUUUUCUUUUUAAUGGUUAGAUAUUGUUUCUUCCCUAAGAUGUGUUUCGCAACCACAAUUGGUGGAGUGAACCAGAGAGGCAAGAGGAAGUGAGUUGCAACAAUUUAGUUUAGUGACUGUGCCUUUUGCAGGAAAAACUGGGUGAAUCACAGCUCCUCAGAGUCCUGGACUCAAUUAGAAUUUAAGAUAGACUUAUUUUGCUGACUGGGCUUCUUAGAGUUUAUGUGACUUGAGCAGCUUGGCCCCUGCCUCCUGCUACUCUGAGCAGCCUUCCUUCUUCCUGGAAUGCACUUCUCUUGUUUAUGAUCCUAUGAAUAAGGCAUAAUGGACGGCCUUUGUAAGGCAGGUCUUGCCCUAGGUUCUCAGAAUCAGGAGCAUUUUAGGAUCAGUAUUAGGAGAUGCCCCAGGGAGUAAGAAAGCAUUGGGUUCUGAUAAAUCUGGACUCUGCCACUUCUUUUACUCUCCCUCUUUAAGACUAAAAGCUCUGCAUAAGCAAUGGUUCAGAACAUGUCUUGGGUACAGACCUGUUGAAUCUGACAGAAACCAGAAACUCACUUUUGAGAAAAAGACAUUUGUAAUUCACUCAGUUUUGCAUACACAUUUAGCAGGUUCAAAGCCUAUCUGUGGAAUCCCUAAACUGCCUUCAAAGAAAGGGAGUUACCCUGAUCUAAAAUGGUCAUUAUAUAUUUGUGUCAAGAGGCAAGGGUCACUAAAUAUUUUAAGGAUUAAGGUACCAGAGGCAUCAGUGUAUAAGGAUAUAGUCUGGUCUUUAAUUAUGACAAGGGUAUUGAUUACAUUCUACUCUCUGGGUUUCAAAAAGAUCUGACAUGCUGACAAAUCCAGCUCCUCACAAAUCUUGUUUGAAGGACUUGUGGGAAGUGGUAUUCCUUACUAUUAGAUCACGCCUCUUAAUAACUACAUGUUAACGUCCAGCCUUUUAUCUGUUUGAGUAAUUGUAGGGAUAGAAAGUGAAGCCCCCAGAGUUAGGUGCAAGUAUAGCACCCAGCUGAAAGGCAUCAUGGAGUCUAAGGACCUUCUACAGAAGGGGCAAACCUUUGGGUUAUUUCUGGUGUACCGCUGUCUUCUCUACCUCGGUCCAACACCACCUCCCUUGGACGAAAAAUAAAACAAGCAACAGCUAUCAGAUGAGUGAAUAGAUUUGAAUGAUUUUUCCCACAGGGAAUAAGCCUCAAAUGUUCAUGUUUCAUCCUGUCCCCUUUAAAGAGUCUCUAUGUUCUCUUUGGGCAAAAUGUAAAACAGGGACAUCCAUCUUCA